UCUCCCCCCAUGGGGCCGCGCCGGCUGUGCUCCCUGUUCCCUCUCCUCCCUACGCGGGUUUACUGGCUGCCGCGGCUCGUGUCCAGCCGACCCGGCCAGCCCGAGCCUGAGCUGGCGCCGGCUCCGGGAAGCCCCAAGCAGGGGAGGGCCGGGCUCGGCCGGAGCUGAGCAUCGUCCGGGGGUGCUGCGGGGCCGCGGCCUCUCCGCCGGCAGCACCACCUGUCGCGGGGCGAGACGUCGGGUGGGAGAAAAGAUGUUGUCCAGGUUUAAAAUAGUUGCCACUCCUUGUACUCUGGCAUGUCGGCAUUUGCACAUAAAAGAGAAAGGCAAGCCACUCAUGUUGAACCCAAGAACAAACAAGGGGAUGGCAUUUACAUUACAGGAACGACAAAUGCUUGGUCUUCAAGGACUUCUACCUCCCAAAAUAGAGACACAAGAUAUUCAAGCCUUGCGAUUCCAUAGAAACGUGAAAAAGUUGAAUGGCCCUUUGGAAAAAUACAUCUAUAUAAUGGGAAUACAAGAAAGAAAUGAGAAGUUGUUUUACAGAAUACUGCAAGAUGAUAUCGAAAGUCUUAUGCCGAUUGUAUAUACACCAACAGUUGGUCUUGCCUGCUCCCAGUAUGGACACAUCUUUAGAAGACCUAAGGGAUUAUUUAUUUCAAUCUCAGACAGAGGUCAUGUUAGAUCAAUUGUGGAUAACUGGCCAGAAAAUCAUGUUAAGGCUGUUGUGGUGACUGAUGGAGAGAGAAUUCUGGGUCUUGGAGAUCUGGGUGUCUACGGGAUGGGAAUUCCAGUAGGAAAACUUUGUCUGUAUACAGCUUGUGCAGGAAUACGGCCUGAUAGAUGCCUGCCCGUGUGUAUUGAUGUAGGAACUGAUAAUCCCGCACUCUUAAAAGACCCAUUUUACAUGGGUUUAUAUCAGAAAAGAGAUCGAUCACAACGUUAUGACGAUCUGAUUGAUGAAUUUAUGAAGGCUAUUACUGACAGAUAUGGACAGAACACACUUAUUCAGUUUGAAGACUUUGGAAAUCAUAAUGCAUUCAGGUUCUUGAGAAAAUAUCGAGAAAAAUACUGUACCUUCAAUGAUGAUAUUCAAGGGACAGCUGCAGUCGCUCUAGCCGGUCUGCUUGCAGCACAAAAAGUCAUUGGUAAACCCAUCUCAGAACACAGAAUCUUAUUUCUUGGAGCAGGAGAGGCUGCUCUCGGAAUUGCAAAUCUUAUAGUUAUGGCUAUGGUGGAAAAUGGCCUCUCAGAAGAAGAGGCACAAAAGAAAAUUUGGAUGGUUGACAAGUUUGGUUUAUUAUUUAAGGGGCGGAAAGCUAAAAUAGACAGUUAUCAGGAACCAUUUGCUCACUCAGCUCCAGAGAACAUACCUGAUACUUUUGAAGAUGCAGUAAAUAUACUUAAGCCUUCAGCUAUAAUUGGAGUUGCAGGAGCUGGACGACUUUUCACUCCUGGUGUAAUCAAAGCCAUGGCUGAUAUCAAUGAAAGACCUGUAAUAUUUGCAUUAAGUAAUCCUACAGCAAAAGCUGAGUGCACAGCUGAAGAAGCAUAUACACUUACAGAGGGAAGGUGUUUGUUUGCCAGUGGCAGUCCGUUUGAGCCAGUGAAACUCAGUGAUGGGCAAGUCUUUACACCAGGUCAAGGAAACAAUGUAUAUAUUUUCCCAGGUGUGGCUUUAGCUGUUAUUCUCUGUAACACCCGGCAUAUUAGUGACCAUGUUUUCCUAGAAGCUGCAAAGGCUCUGACAAGUCAAUUGACGGAUAAAGAGCUAGCUCAGGGGAGACUUUACCCGCCACUUGCUAAUAUUCAGGAAGUUUCUAUAAACAUUGCUAUUAAAGUUACAGAAUAUCUGUAUGCUAAUAAGAUGGCUUUCCGAUACCCGGAACCUGAGGACAAGGCCAGAUACAUUAGAGAAAGAAUAUGGAGAAGUGAAUAUGAUUCCCUGCUGCCAGAUGUGUAUGAGUGGCCGGAGGCUGCAUCACACCCGCCCCCGAUAACAGAAUAGAAGAAACACACCACUGAUAAUUACUAUUCAUGCUUCAGGAACUCCUUUUUUCGGAAAAAGAGAUAAUGUUCUCAAAUUUAUGUUUUUUCUGUGUUUUUUUCUCCCCCACCACUUUGCUUAUUUUUUCCCACGAAUCUACACUUGUGUACAGGGUGGAUGUGUUGACUACAUUGUUAAUGCCCACCUGCACCCUGCAAUCAAAUGACCAUAAUGCUUUCAUUCUGAUCUGUAGCUCAUACCACAUCAGAGAUGUUACAAAUGUGCUUGUGAAUGUCUUCACCUGUGCUCUUUUGUUCACUCUUGCCAGAGUGUUUGCUGUUUGCUACUAUAGCUAAUAAUCUUCUCACCCAGUUCUUUUAGGGCUACUAAAAUAGAUAUUUACUUCUGUGGAUAUGAGUACAGAAUUUUGAGAAGCCAAAUUUAACCAAAUUCUAAGGACAAAUUGUCAGUAUCUAAAAAUGUCCUUUUAUUUCUGCUUCAUUUUACCUUCAUGCUCUGAAAUUCCUUUCCAGUAGAUAGAUCUGGAAAAAUCUGCCCUGUUAUUUAUUUUCUGGGACUAAACUGAGGCUUAACUGUAACAUGGGAAAAAUGGGAACUACUCCUGCUUUUAGACAAACUAAAUAGUCAUUGUUUUCAACAGUGUAUAAAAAUCACAGUGUAACUUUUUAAAAUAAAGGUAAUAUCUUAAAUUUAA